GGUUUUAAAAGACCUGUAGGUCGCUGUAGCUCAACCCUGUUUGGAGGUGGGUGGCCUCUCCCUCAGACGCUCCGUGAUGAAGUCUCUUCUCUCUGUCUCCUCACAGGGCCUGCCUUCUGCUUUUGGCCCCUGUAGGUGGACAGACAUGUCUCGGGAGGGGGCUGUGGAGAGCCCCAGCACAGAGGACCCUGUUCUCUGCCCCCGACGCAGCUGUGGGCUUUUCCAGGAGGAUGUGGCUGAAGUCGGCUCCAUGUCAGGGGAUGGGGCCCAGGCAGGUGUCGGGUUCCCACUGCCCACUGGAGGAGAGUCCCUCAGGCCAGCUGCCCAGGAUCCUCCGCAGAGUCCUGCACUGUGCCUGGGAGUGUCUGGAAAGGCUUCCACAGAGUGGCGAGAAGCUGAGCACAUCCUGAGGGCUGGUGGUGAUGAUGGCCCUGCUGCCUCACGCAGCCAGGAGGAGCUGGAGGUCAAGGCUCAGCCGGUGUCCAGGGGGAGGCCAGGGCCAGGACUCACUGCUCCCUGGGACACCCUCGCCAGCUCCCUGGAGCCUGCAGCCAGCAAGGCUAGCUCAGGCUCAUCCAUGGGGCAGAGAAGAUCUAAGUGUGCUAAGAAGUCAAGGAGGGGCCCUGUGCCCCAGGCCCAGAACCAGGGCACAGACAGAAUCUCAGACAGCUCCAGCCGGGACCAGCCAGAGGAAUCCAGCCCAAGAGGCUGUCCCAAACUGGAGGAAAUGAAAAUGCCCCAUGGGGUGAAGCAUGUGUGUUACCUUGGUUCCCCGGCAGUGAUCCACCUCCUGGGGGCCAUCAGCCACGGCCAGGCAGGGGGGCCGCAGCCGCCAAAGCUGGAGGUUCUGGAGGACAUGAUGGAGAUCAGCUCAGCCUCAUCUGCCCAGAGGCCCAGAAGGAAGGAAAGGCCUGUGGCCCGGGGCCCCACUGGGUGCCAGGAGGGGGUGCCUGUUCAGGAGGCUGGUGCUGAGUGUCCAGUGCGCGGCCCAGUGGAGGCUGAAGAGCAGGAUCCUGGCGAACAAGAUGGGGGAGAGGAUCCAAGUCAGCUUCAACCCCAACAGGAGAAGCCAGCCCUGGGUAUUGGGGUACGGAGCACUGUGGUCCGUGCCAUACAGGAGGUGCUAUGGAGUCGCCUUCAGGAGCUCCCAGACCUGGUGCUGAGGGAGGAGGCAGUGGAGGGCGUCGCUGCUGGCAUUGAGGCAGCCCUCUUCGACCUGACACGAGCCACCAACUGCCGCUACAAGACAAAGUACCGCAGCCUGCUUUUCAACCUGCGUGACCCCAGGAACCCCGACCUGUUUCUCAAGGUGGUCCGUGGAGACAUCACCCCUCAUGGCUUGGUACGGAUGAGCUCAAUCCAGCUGGCCCCCCAAAGGCUGGCCCGCUGGCGGGACCAGGAGGAGAAAAGGGGCCUGAAGAUCAUUGAGCAGCAACAGAAGGAGCCGUGCCACCUCCCGGCCUCCAAACUGACCCACAAGGGUGAAGUCGAGAUCCUGCGGGACACGGACCAGAUGCUGACCCUGGAAGACCUGGUGGGACCCACGGUGUCCAAAGACUGCAGCCCACUGGCCCUGCCUGCCACGUCAAAGGACACCACAGAGCAGCAGGAGGACAUCGUGGAGCAGCAGGAGGACGCCACGGAGCAGCAGGAGGACACCACGGAGCAGCACGAGCACCACUUCCUAGACCCCAGCUGCCGCAUCUGCAUGGACUGGGAGCCCUCGUGUGAGCUGCCAGGCUCCUUCAAAGCCACCAGCAGGUUGGCGGACAGUGUCUUCCGGAGAGCCCCAAGCCCGGCCCCUGUGUCCUCUCCAGAGAUGCCCCAAAUCGGGGAGAAGCCUUCCACAGAGCCCCAGGACAGGCUCCAAAUGCCUGCUGGGCCCACAAAGGCCCUGCCCAGCCAGCCACCUUGGGAGGGGACUCUGGACAUGUUCUCCAUCAAGCGGUUCCGGGCCAAGGCCCAGCUUGUCUCAGGACACAGCUCUCAGCUCAUCAUGGCCCUGCCCGAGGUGAUCCGCUCAGCAGGCUGCAUCCCCCCCACCACUGUCUGGGACCUUCUGGCCAGCGUCUGCCCAGCCAAGGCCAAGGACGUCUGUGUGGUCAGACUGUGCCCACACGGAGCCCGGGACACACAGAACUGCCGCGUUCUCUACUCCUACCUCAACAAUAAGCAGCACCAUGGCCUGGCCGCCGUGGAACACGUAGGGGUGGUCCUGCUGCCCCUGCCUGCCUUCCAGCCCCUGCCCACCAGACUGCGCCCUCUUGGAGGCCCAGGCCUGGAAGCCGCUCACUCAAGCCUGCUGCUGGCCGUGCUGCUUCCUAAGGCAGGGCUUCCAGACACAGCAGAGACCAGCCUCUUGUGGGGGAAGGUUCGCAAAGUCGUCUCCUUCAACAGAAAAGUGGAGAUGAGAUACUACCAGCUGGAGGACAGAAGGCCAGAUGUGGCCCUGAAGGGUUCCCGUCCCCUUAGGAGUGCCCUGCCCCAGAGCCGGGGCAAAGGCAGCCUGGCACCAAGGGGAAUUUGUGCUUGGCGGAGGUCCCCCAGAGGCAGGGGGAGACUGUGGGGAGAGCCUGAUACCUGGCAGGGUCGUGGGCGAGGGCAGUGGCCCCCAAAACCAGGCUGGUGCCAAUCUGAGCAUCCCUGUUCAACAGCACCAGCCAGCCAUGGCCAGCACCUCCACAGGGCCUCUUGUCCCCACCAAGCCCUGCUCCAGCAUCUCGAAUCCCUGGUGACCAUAAGCUACCAGCUCCAAGCCUCACUGAGAUCCCCAGGCCAGGAGGUCCUUCCUCCACCCGCUGCCCAGCCCCCUGCAGCCCCUGGAAUUCUUGGCCUCCUCUGCCAGCCCCCUGCAGCUCCAGAGCCCCCUGACCCAGCCCCUGACUCCUCUUUGGGCCCUACAGACGGAGCCUGCUCUGAGUGGGGGGCUUACCCCCACUGACACCUGACCCUCAUUACCCACCAAGAGAGGGGCUUUGAUUCCCUCACCAGUGCUGAGCCCUGAGCUGUUCCAGGGAGAGAGGCAGAGGCAGAGGAAGGGGAGGGUCAUCUGUUUGAGUUUCUUGUUCUGCAGUCUGCUUGGUGUUGAUUUUUGGUUCAAUAAAGAAUUUGGCAA